AUGGAAAAUGAUCACAAGGAAUUACAACUUCUUCCUACAGUACCAUUACCAUACACCACACCCUCUUACUCACGUGCCUCACCAUGGCCGUCCGAUUUCAUCACUUUCAAAUCACUACUGCAGGAUGAUGCACCAUCUCCUUCCCUGGACUUGCAACUUUCCAUAACCAUCAAACCACCACCACAAGAAAGUGAGGUGGCAGCGGCGGAGAGCGCGUACGCGCGGCGCGUGAUGGAGAUGACGAGGCGGGAAAUGGAAAUGGCUCAGUUGGAAUUCGCACGUGCCAGGCACAUGUGGGAGAGGGCACGUGAGGAAGUGGAGAUGGUUGAAAAGAUGAAGGAAAAUGCCAUGCGCAUGACUAGUGGUAAUUCGUGUAUGGAAAUUACUUGUCAAGCUUGUAGAAGAAAAUUUACACCGAAUUAA